UAGUGACGUCGUGACAGACGCGUCCUGGUUGGCUGCCCGCGUCCGGCUUCAGUCGUUCCCUACGCCGGUGCUCCGGCUUGAGCCUGGAAUACCCUUUCGCAGCUGUGUAUAAAAGUCUUCUCCGCAAUGGCUCUCCACCUCUCCCACCCCGCAUCGCGUGGACCCCGCUCCUUCUCGUCGCGCGCGUCGCACCCACCACCACAGACGAGAUGUGGGCACUCAAGUCCAGCAGACCCGCAGUCCGCAAUCUCCGCAGACCCGUCCUCGUCGCGGCGCGCGUCCGCUUCUACACCGUCGUCCAGGAUGCCCCCAUACCCAAGAAGACCAAAGUCUGGAGCUCCGUAGAGGAGGCCGUCAAGGAUGUCAAGAGCGGCGACACCGUCCUGUGCGGAGGGUUCGGUCUGUGCGGCAUCCCGGAGACUCUCAUCGAGGCCCUCACUCGCCGGAAAGACGUCAAGAACAUCACCGCCGUCUCCAAUAAUGCGGGUGCAAAGGACCUUGGCCUCGUGAGAUUGGUGCAGUCCGGGCAGCUUGAGAAGCUGAUGAUCUCGUACCUUGGCGGGAACAAGUUCCUCGAGCAGAAGUACUUGCAGGGCGAGGUCGGCAUCGAGCUCGUGCCCCAGGGUACGCUCGUUGCCCGUCUGAAGGCGCAUGCCUCCGGUUACCCCGCGGUCCUUACCCCGACUGGCGCGCACACCGCUGUUGAGCGGGGUGAUAUUCCGAUUCGGUACAACCCCGGAGGUAUGCAGCACGGCGUCGCGGUACCAGGUAGCAAGAAGCAAACGAUGGACUUCGACGGUCGGAGAUACGUCGUCGAGCCAGCAUUGGUCGGUGAUGUCGCAUUCGUGCAUGCAUGGAAAGCGGAUGAGGUCGGCAACUUGGUCUUCAGGUACACUGCCAACAACUACAACGCUGUAAUGGCCCGGAAUGCCAAGCUCACCAUCGUCGAAGCCGAGGAGAUUGUUCCCGUCGGAAGCUUAUCACCAAACGCCAUCCACAUCCCUGGUAUUUACGUCGAUCGGAUAGUCAAGGCCACGGAGCCUAAAUCCAUUGAGGUCCUCGCCCUCCGUCAGGAAAGUGAGUCCCUUUCGAAACAGGACGAAGGCGCAAGCAAGGACAAGGCGGCACACGACUGGCGGCAUAAGAUCGCGAAGCGCGCUGCUCGGGAAAUUGGCGAUGGAUUCUAUGUCAACCUCGGUGUGGGCGUUCCUACCCUCGUCCCUGAGCACCUCGCGGCUGGCACCACGGUCUGGGUGGAGAGCGAGAACGGUAUCCUCGGAAUGGGCCCUUAUCCGACGAAGGACGAAGUUGACCCUGAUAUCAUCAACGCUGGAAAGGAAACGACCACGCUUCUACCCGGCGCAGCCUGCUUCGAUUCAAUUGAGUCGUUCGACAUGAUUCGUGGAGGACAUAUGGACGUUACUUGCCUCGGUGCGAUGCAGGUUUCCCAGGCGGGUGAUAUUGCCAACUUCAUGAUUCCUGGCAAGCUGGUCAAGGGUAUCGGCGGUGCGAUGGACUUGGUCUCAAACCCGGACAAGACGAAGGUCAUUGCACUCACGCAGCACUGCGCCAAGGACGGCACGCCGAAGAUCGUGGCAGAGUGCUCACUUCCCAUCACGGGCGCACGCGCUGUCAGCAUGAUCGUCACCGACCUCGCCGUGUUCGACGUUGACAGGAAGGCGGGCGAGCUGACGUUGAUCGACAUCGCUGAGGGACUCACGGUGGAGGAGCUGAAGUCUAAGACGGCCUGCGACUUCAAGGUGUCCCCGAACCUUGGUACCUUCUAAGCAUCAUACUGUGUA